AGGGAGUAUCAAUGGAUAACAACGCCCUGGAAAUGGAGCGUGGUAUUACUAUCUAUGCUAAAAACACUUCGGUAUUUUACCGUGACACUAAAAUCAACAUCGUAGACACGCCAGGUCACGCCGAUUUCGGGUCAGAGGUAGAGCGUGUACUACGCUCAGUGGACAGUGUACUGCUCAUCGUAGAUGCACAGGAGGGACCAAUGCCACAGACUCGUUUCGUACUAAAGAAAUCACUUGACCUGGGUAUUAAACCAAUCCUCGUACUCAAUAAAAUUGAUAAACCAGGAGCAGAUAUUGCCCGUGCUCACGAUGAAGUGUUCGAACUAUUUAUGGAGCUCGGUGCAACCGACGAGCAACUUGAUUUUACAACCAUCUACACUAUCGGACGUGAUGGACUCAGUAAAAAAGCUCCAGAGGACGAGUGGUCAAACAUGUCAGCACUGCUGGAUGUAGUACUCGAAAAAGUUCCUGCAGCAGAGAACGACACGACCAAGCCAUUUCGUAUGCAGCCGUUUAACUUGGCAUAUGAUAAUUUCCUCGGGCGACUCGGAGUAGGACGUGUAUACGAAGGAAUUGUUAAAAAUGGUCAGAAUGUAACCAUCAAGAAGCCUGACGGAACAUCUCGUACGGGUAUCAAGCGUAUUGACGCAGACCAGGCUGUAGCGGGAGACGUAUGUAUGAUUGCCGGAAUUGCAGAUAUUUAUAUCGGAGAGACCGUUGGUGUGGAUGCUACUGUAGAACCACUCCCAGCGAUCACCGUGGAUGAGCCGACUAUCCAACUCGAUCUGCUCGUAAACAACUCGCCAUUUGCAGGGCGUGAAGGAAAAUUCGUAACCACUCGCCAGAUCAAGGAGCGACUUGAAAAAGAACUC